AACAAGUAGCAUUAACUUUAUCGGCACAACAUUACCAGCGUUAGAGACUGGUUCAAGCCGAAUUAGAUCAAAUAUCAAGGAUAUUCAUAUGCGCUCUUCAAGCUGGUUUACAAAACGACAAAGUGAAAAAGUGGAACACUUUUAG